CCUCGGUUUUAAGUGUUGCUGGCUUCUUUUUCUCUCAAAGAUUAGGGAGCGAUGUCUUCCCGGCGGUUGUCGACGUCCCGCGACCGCCGAAGGGAUGCUACCGGUAGCACUUCUAAUUAUAGGAGAAUGAAAACUGUUGGAAGAACAAUUACAAACUAUGAAGCAAACCUUACAAAUACUGCCUGUCUUUCAAGAGGUGUGCUAUCCAUCAAGGAAAGAAAGUUAUUUGGUCAGACUCCAGCUAAGAUAAAGAUUUCACAGGAUCCAGAUCUUCAGGAGGAAGCUAGUUAUCAGAUACAAUUCAUUUUAACUAAGCAGUGGACCUUAUACAGCGUCACUCCUCUGCAUAAAUUCUCUUAUGGAAAAUUGUGGGAAUAUUCUAAACAACUAAGUAAUGUUAUUACUGCACAAAAGGAGAAGAGAUUCAUACUGGAUGGUGAAACUGAUUUAAUGUUUCAAGCGACGUUUUCUUCAUUUUCUGUUUUGAAAACCAAAGGAAAAAAACAAACAGCAGUUCUUAUUAAGAUUAUGCAGAAACCUCUAAUGGUAGAUGAUGAUGAUGAAGAAGAAGAAAACAAGGUGGUAUGGAUGGGUUGUCUCUGUUAUGCUUGUACAAGUGAUUUUGUUGAGACUCUCCCAGAGGAUUUUACUUGUUUGCCUUUAUUCCUUGUACACGGUGCGCAGGGUUUCUCAAAUAUUGUUGAAACUUGGCUUCAGCAAACUUUUGAUUGUUAUUUCAGCCCAUUACACAUCAAUCCUAUCCAUCUUGCAUGGAUGGCUGCAAUAUGGUCUGGAUGCAGUGUGGACCAUCGCACGCAUUCAACAGAACUGACUUUCUCUGUGCCACGUCUACCUUAUCCUUUGGAUAUUUCUUAUGCUAUCCAUUCUGAAGAUGCAAAAGCUCUCUGGGAUUCAAUACACAGUAUCCAGGGAGAAGUGAAACAGGAAGAAGUGGAAUUAUUCAUGAACUCCCUUUACAAGCACUUCCAUAGGCACUUCAAGAUACAUUUAUCAUCUACACAACUAGUGAAAGUUUCUACAUCUGUAGCCUCUGUUCAUUCAUUGGGAAAAAUAAAGAUUCACCAUACCCAAUAUCUGAUGGGAGUCCUGUCACUGCUCACAGAACUGGCACUUUCAAAAAUAAUGUGACAAGUAUUUACUGUGUUAUAUCUCAUAAAGUUAAUUACAGAAAAUUAUUUAGUAUAGCAGAUUGUAGAAUUGUUUUUGUCUACUCUGCUCUUGUUGUACUUAAAUAGAAGGUAGGUUAAAUGUGUUGUAUAUAGUAUUAAGAGCUAUAUAGUUACAUUUUUUCAUAUUUAUAUGGAUUAUUAAAAGAAAUAUAUUACUCAAAAGUACAGUAUAAUGUUUACAACUGUCUACAUAUUGAACUUUUGCUCAGAAAAUCUAACCAACUAAGUGGGAGAAUUUUAGAAUUUUUAGAUUUUAACUUCAGGUGAGCUUUUCAGAAAAAAAAACCCCAUGGAGAUGGUAUCCAAUUUACCUAUAUCAUUGGCUCUUCCCUAAAUUUUAAGUGAUUAUAGAAAUGCUAUACUAAUUCAUAUAGUAAAACAAAGAAAAACAGUGAAAGUGUAACUGGAACAUAUUUCAUCUAUGUGAGGCCUAUAAUUAUGAAUCAUAAAGACCAGGACCUGCUUAUUCUUAAUGAUUCUGGGCAUUUGGUCUUUGUGCAAGAUAAUAUCACUCACAUUCCUUUUCUCUCCAUUUGGUCAGUGUUCUGUGUUUAGUCCUCACUGAGGUUUUGGGAAGAUUAUAAAACUUAAGAGCUUUAAAAUAAUUUUUAAUUUCCUUGUGUAACAUCCUACAGCAUUGCCCCUAGAUCAGGGAUUAAAUUGGGGUUCUGAUGGCAUGUUUUAUACAAAACCUGUAUCCAUAAUGGAUUACUUACUUCAGACAUGACUUCAUGUAUCAUCUGACCUGGAUUGGGUUGGGUUCAAGACGAAUAAUAUAUGAUGAGCACCAUCUUUAUUUUACUAUCUAUACAAGGGAUGGGAAUUGCUUCAAGUAGGGCACAUCAUUUGCGACAUUUGAAAAAACUUCUUGACAGUGACAACUGCUUGGCAAUGCAGUACUGUAGAUUGCCUCAAAUUGGAUUUCCUUUAGGGUGCCAAAUAUUAAUCAGAAUCUGGGCAGUCAUUAGUUAUGGAGUUGAACUAAGUCUCUUAAAUUUUUUCUUUAGGAGGAAAGACAGUGGAAGAAUGUGAAAAUUUUCUAUAUUUUUAAAGUGAAUCAUUAGGUAGUUAAUGGAAUUCUACAAAGUGGAAAAUGCCUGUUGUGCUUUUUUAAAGCAAAAGCUGUCCAAAGGCAUUGCUGUAGUUAUCCUAAUCAAUCACAGCAGGACAGAAAUUUGUGGAUUCAUUUGAAACAGAUUAUGUGGAAGGAUUCAUAAUAGUAUGAAUAGUAUAAAGAUAUCUUUAUAGCUAGCUGUAUUGGAAAUUACUGAUUGAGUCAGAUUUAAUUAGUAACAUUUCUGUGAGAAGUCAGAUAAAUACAGUUUAUGGACAGAUACAAAGAGUGGAAAGCAAUAAAGACACUUUUUUUAAAAGGUGGCAUCAGAUAAGGUCUUUGGUACAUUCCCUGCCUAUGUCAGUUUGUUGGCAUUUGCUUUUGGUGAUGUGUUCCUUGAGCAGUGGAAUGAAUGAUGGAGAUUUGGGAGCUCCAUUGCUCACAACAUCUGUAUUGUUGGGCUUGUCUGGACAAUUGCCAGAGAUGGAAUGCAGCACGUGAUAUCACAAAAUGAGAAGGAUGAAGGCCAGAAAAGCUUAUACCUUUGUUGGAAAAGGUGCUACUGGAGUCCUGACCCAAGUUAAGGAGCAAACUUAUGAGGUGCUGCCAUCCUAGCUAUAAACUCCAGGAAGUUCUUUUUAAUUGUGGUGAUCUGGUGGUUGUGGACUACUCAAAAAUAGGACUGGUAUUCUUCAUUCUCACAAUCAGGAAGCAGCAGGUUAACCAUUUUCUAAAGUGUAACCAGUUUGUUCUACUUGGUCAGUCAUUACUGUCAAUGGAGGGCAAAGAAAAGCUGAGAGUAGAGACUGCUGACACAAGCCUGUUUGGGAGGUUUAUAGGUCUGUCAGGUUUUGGUUCUGGAAGUGCAAUAGGGCAGAGAUCUUUUUACUCCCUGCAGGUUUAUGUUGGCCUGGAUUGUCGUCAUCAUUGGGAAUUAACUUGGUAGAAGAUAGGUUAGGGGACUUUGUGGCCCUGACUAUUUUGUGACCUAGUUUGGAGGUGACAUAUUGCCACCCAGUCAUUUGUGAGGGGUUGCUUGAAUAGGGGAGGGUUUGGAUACUUUGAUUUUAAAGAUUUUUGGUUAUUGUAAGUAAAAAUGAAUGUCCUAUCCCAGCUGAAUGGCUAGCCAAUAUGGCUGCUUGAUUCUCUGGUUGGACAUAGAAGUUACUUUUUGGCUGUUUAGGAAUGAAAGACCUAGUCAAAUGGAAUGGUGUAAGUUGUAUCCUAGUAGUAUUGCGUUAAAAGAAAUAUGGUCAUUACUUUUUUCAUUUCCCAAAAAACUUCCUAAGUAAAUAGAAUCUUCUACCUGCAUUUGCUUUGCUUGAGUCUCAGUGCAUUUGUGAGAAAUAAAAAUUCUUUUGUUUUUCUUAGCAUUCUUGAAAAUACUUAUAGUAAUAUUGGGAUUUCCAAUACUUAUGGCAUUUCCAAUACAACCUUAAAAAUAUUUUUAUUAUCUGUGGCAGUUAUCUAAAAUCUCCCAAAGUACUGGAAAGAAAUACAUGAAAACUAAAAAACAACAACCUGAAAAUAAAAGUUUAAUUAAGACCACACAAUAAAUACUAUUUGGUACUAGAAAAUCUGUGAGCUGUUAGGUCAUCUUUUAGGUAAAUUCCUGCAAGACAUUUCUCAACGUUAGCCAAACAAGUUCUGGGUCUUAUGAAGGGGUGUAAGAGGUGCUGCAUGAAUUGGGGAAAUUGUGUCUGAGUAUGGCACAGAUUGGGAAGGAUGUGCAGAGUGGCAGAAGUGCUGUGCUCUUUGGGAGGUGGUGGUAUGGAUUGAGAAGGGCAUGCAAGUGGUGUUGUAUGGGACAGGAAGUAUGAAUGGGAAUGUACAAAAAGGUUGGGGAGUUUGAGCCAGUGGGAGACUUAUCUGAAUAACUUGCAACCUUCCCUGCUGGCUUCCCCGUUGCUGACACUCCCUGCCAAUUUCCCACAGCAAAUACUUUGCUUCUGGGAAGUUGGCAGGGGUCAUAGGCAAUCCCAAUUGAAUUUACACUUCCUGCCAGCUUCCCCAAUCACUUUCCUUGUAGGAUGCUGACAGGGAGCGUUGGAAAUUAUGAUUAUGUGACUGCUGCUAAUAAUGGUAGCGCAAUGUCAAAGUCACACUGAAGUGAUCUCAACUUUGCCAAUUUCAGUCCCACGGGAGUCAUGGAUCCUGCAUUUUGGAUGCAUUCUUUAAGUUAGCUCUUUUGAGGUAUGUUGGUUCAAUAAUUGUUGCCUUAUGAUACAUCAUUUUACCCAAUUGAAAUAUACAAACUGCUGCAAGAAGGCUAUAUAAACAAGAGCAUAACAAAGCAGCAACAAUAGUACUUUGGAAGAUCCACAACAAAUAGCAUUUGCCUCCAAGCACAAACUGGUAGGAUCACAAAAUAGACAAAGUAAUAGAAAACAAAGCUAGAGUGCUUUGAGACAUUAAGUAUUCAAACAGACAGGCACCUGCCACAUAACAUCCCAAACUUAACAAUUGUCAGUAAGAAAGAUUAAAAAAAAAGUCUGGAUAGUGAACAUAGUAGUACCUGAAGAUAGGAUAAAAGAUAACAAAAAUGGAGAAAAUUACAAAAUACAAAGACCUAAAAAUAGAAUAACUGGCAAAAGAAAAAAAGAGUACCAAUACUGAUAAUAGCCUUGGGUGCAAUUCCAGAACAAUGGAGUAUCACUUGAACACCAUUAUCAUUGACAAAAUCACUAUGGUCAAAUUGCAAAAAGAGCAGCUUACUACUGCAACUGCAGGUCCUUGAGGACUUGAUGGGUGGAUAAAAUGCCAAAC